AUGUUCGAGCAAAUAUUUGUAAUUGUUAUAUGAAUUCUUGCCAUUCUCUAUGCCACAUCGAUCCAUAAGAUUGAAGAAGGGCAUGUUGGAGUUUACUUUAGAGGUGGAGCUUUGAUGAAAGAGAUUACUGAGCCAGGGUACCAUCUCAAACUUCCACUCAUCACUGAUUAUCAUGAAGUUCAGAUCAGUGUUCAAACAGAUAAAGUUACUGAAAUCCCUUGUGGAACUUCUGGAGGUGUUUUAGUUCAAUUUGAAUCCAUUGAAGUAGUGAACAGACUCAAGAAAGAGCUGGUUUAUGAAACUAUCAAAAAUUAUACAGUAGAAUAUGACAAAACCUGGAUCUUUGACAAGAUUCAUCAUGAGAUCAACCAGUUUUGCUCAAAGAAUACUCUGCAAGAUGUCUACAUUGACAAGUUUGAUGCACUUGAUGAAUCUCUGCAAGAAGCUUUGUCUCAAAGUCUAGAGAGUUGGGCUCCAGGAAUAGAAAUCAUCUCUAUCAGAGUUACCAAGCCCAUCAUUCCAAAACAUCUGUUGAAAAACUAUGAAGCCAGAGAAAGUGAGAUGACAAAGCUCGCUUUUGAAAUUGAAGCCCAAAAAGUCAAGGAGAAGCAAGCAGAGACCAAGAAAAAAGAAGCUAUGAUCAAAGCUCAGACUGAGGCUGAAGUCAGCAAGAUUGAGAUGGAGAAGAAGAUCACUGAAAAGGAAGCCAACAAGAAGAUAGCUCUGAUCGAAAAUGAAAUAGAACUAGAAAACAAGAAGACUGAAACAGAUGCAAGAUAUUACAAAGAGAUUAAAGAGAUUGAGGCUAACUCUAAAAGACUGACUCCUGAAUUCCUCCAGUAUGCUCUUAUCCAAGCUAUCAAUAACAACACCAAGAUGUACUUCGGAGACAGUAUUCCUAAAUAUAUCGGUGAAAACAUUGACGUAAUGAGGAAGCAGCUUGAGAAGGGAGAGAAACAGAGUUCACCUCCUUAA